GCGGGUUGCCUAUCAGCCGCACAUACACCGGCCCGACCCAUUACAACCAUGCUAGGGCUUGUUGGAUGUCAGUAUUGUACAGAUGAGGCACUAGGUAAAUGAUGGACUAAUCCUCGCCGUUUUGUUUUUCCGAACACUAUUAAAUCGUUCUGAGGAAAUACUGACCUGGAAUUCCGAGAUUAUUGCGGUUAUUUUGGGAUAUUGCAGAAGUAGCUAGCCGAGAGCUACUUUGGCUUUGACCACUGCAGCCAGGUGGAGUUUCAGUAUGCAGCAGUAUUAAGGAUGCUGGUUGUCUUAGCUUUGCUCACGAUGGUCACCAAAGCUGAGGCGUGCAAUGGCAGCUGCUCCAGCACCAACAGCGCCAACAGCGCCAACAGCUCCAAUGACUUUUGCUAUUCGGGCCGGAUCCGCAGCACCGUGCUCCAGGGUCUACCCUUCGGAGGAGUGCCCACCGUACUCGCCCUUGACUUCAUGUGCUUCUUGGUGCUGCUAUGUGUGUUCUCUGUCUUGAGGAAGGUGGCGUGGGAUUAUGGCCGUCUUGCGUUGGUCUCUGAUGCUGACAGCCGUAGGCGGAAUCAGCACUAUCAGCGUCUGGACGAGCAGGAAUAUGUGGCCUCCGCCAUGCAGACACCUGCAGACUCCCGAUACGAGCGUCUCACCUCUGUGUCCAGCUCGGUCGACUUUGACCAAAGGGACAACGGCUUCUGUGCCUGGCUCACUGCCAUCUUCAGGAUAAAAGAUGACGAGAUCAGGGAGAAGUGUGGUGAGGAUUCGGUGCACUACCUCUCAUUCCAGCGGCACAUCAUUGGUCUGUUGGUGGUGGUGGGCGUGCUCUCCGUGGGCAUCGUCCUGCCUGUCAACUUCUCAGGAGACCUAUUAGAAGAUAAUGCCUACAGUUUUGGGCGAACUACAAUAGCCAACUUAAAUUCUGGUAAUAACCUGCUAUGGCUGCACACUACAUUUGCCUUCUUCUAUCUGUUACUGACUGUGUACAGCAUGAGGAGACACACGUCAAAGAUGCACUACAAAGAGGACGACUUGGUGAAACGCACUUUAUUCAUUAACGGGAUUGCAAAAUAUGCAGAAGAGAGUCAAAUAAAGCAGCAUUUUGAGAAAGCAUAUGAAAACUGCGCAGUUCUGGAUGCUCGCAUUUGUUACAAUGUUGCCAAGCUUAUGUCCCUGGAGUCUGAAAGGAAAAAGGCAGAACGCAGCAAAAAAUUCUACACAGACUUGAUGGCCAAGGAGCACAUCCCCACUAUGAUUAACCCCAAACCCUGCGGCCACCUGUGCUGCUGCAUCAUCGCAGGUUGCGAGCAGGAAGAUGCUGUGAAUUACUACACUAAGCUGGAGGCCAAACUGAAGGAAGAAUACAGAAAAGAACGAGAGAAAGUCAACACUAAACCUCUGGGAAUGGCUUUUGUUACCUUCCAGAAUGAAGCAACGACAGCCCUAAUCCUGAAAGAUUUUAACGCAUGUCAGUGUCAUGGCUGUCACUGUCGACGAGACCCAAAGUCUUCUCCCUUUAGCAGCCUUCUCAACACGUACAACUGGACAGUCACAUAUGCUCCAGAUCCACAGAAUGUUUACUGGGAGCAUUUGUCCAUUGGUGGCCUCAAGUGGUGGCUCCGCUGCUUUGUCAUCAACUGCUUUCUCUUCAUCUUGCUCUUCUUCCUCACCACCCCUGCCAUCAUCAUCUCCACCAUGGACAAGUUCAAUGUCACCAAACCUGUGGAGUAUCUGAACAACCCCAUCAUCACUCAGUUCUUCCCCACCCUGCUGUUGUGGUGCUUCUCGGCCCUUCUCCCCACCAUCGUCUACUACUCCGCCUUCUUUGAGGCCCACUGGACACGAUCUGGAGAAAACAGAACCACCAUGCACAAAUGCUACACCUUCCUCAUCUUUAUGGUUCUGCUGCUGCCAUCUUUAGGACUGAGCAGUUUGGAUGUUUUCUUUCGCUGGCUCUUCGACAAGAAAUUCCUCGACGAGGCAAAAGUCCGAUUCGAGUGUGUCUUCCUUCCAGAUAAUGGAGCUUUCUUUGUGAACUAUGUCAUUGCGUCUGCCUUCAUUGGUAACGCCAUGGACCUGUUACGCAUCCCUUAUUUUCUUAUGUACAUGAUCCGGCUCUGUCUGGCACGUUCCGCUGCUGAGAGGCGCAACGUGAAAAAGCAUCAAGCUUAUGAGUUCCAGUUUGGAGCUGCGUACGCCUGGAUGAUGAACGUCUUUACUGUGGUCAUGACUUACAGCAUCACCUGUCCAAUUAUUGUACCAUUUGGACUGAUGUACAUGCUACUGAAGCACCUGGUGGACAGGUAUAACAUGUAUUAUGCCUACCUGCCUGCCAAACUGGAUAAGAAAAUUCACUCUGGAGCUGUCAACCAGGUGGUGGCAGCACCCAUCCUUUGCCUUUUCUGGCUGCUCUUCUUCUCUACUGUCCGUACAGGUUUUGUUGCUCCAACAUCAAUGUUUACCUUUGUGGUUUUGAUCAUCACCAUCAUCGUUUGCCUUUCCCAUGUCGUGUUUGGUCAUUUCAAAUACCUCAGUGCGCACAAUUACAAGAUCGACUUGGACGGUGUGGACAAUGGACGACCACCAGAUUCAUCUCCACCUGUCAAGUCCAUGCAGACGUAUGUCGCCCAAGUGCUACAGGACCCAAACACAGACGAGACGGGAAGUGGCGAGGACGAGGGGCAGGGUUCGUCGCAGGAUGAGGAGGUGGUGAACGAGGGUGAUUUCCAAUCAGGAGAGGACAGCCUUAUUGAGAACGAGGUGCACCAGUGACCCAGGCAGGGCCACGCCAUGUGCUGAACUCAUAGAAACACUAGCAGGACUGCAACAUGACCAAACGGAGAUCCACUACACCUCACUACACUUACUAAGUUUGGGAAUCCAUCACAGCUGACAGCUAAAACACUCCUUUAUCAUUGAGGCUUGGAGACAGGAUGGCCAGUUGUCAAGAAUCUGAAAUGGCUGGUGAUUGUACUCCACCUAUUAGAAACUGAGUUGCAGAAUUCUUCUUUACAUCGGUUACCCUAUUCGUAAGGCAUUUGGUAGAUACAGAGUUUCUUGCCAUUAUAAGUGCAUGUCUAGUAAAUAAGACCAAAAACAAUAAUGAAUACUCAUAAUUUUCAAUUAAAAUUUUAAUUUACUGAUGUUACAAUUAAUUAAAACAGUUAUAGUGCUAUAUCAGGUGGGCAGGAAAAUUGUGUAUUAGAAUGGAUUUCACCCACAAAUCUUUUGCAUAAAGAAAAUAUUAAAAGAUGUCUUACAGAAUGAGUUGCAUAGAAUAAUGGUCAACUAAACAGAUCUAAAAAAAACAGAUCUAAAAAUCAAAAAUAGAUACACUACCAGUCAAAAGUUUUUGGACAGUAAGAUUUUUAAUGUUUUUUUUUUUAAAGAAGUCUCUUCAGCUCACCAAGCCUGCUUUGUUUGAUCCAAAAACAGCAAAAGCAGUAGUAUUGUGAAAUAUUUUUGAACUGCUUUCAUUUGGAAUAUAUUUUAAAAUGUAAUAUAUUCCUCUGAUCAAAUCAAUAAUUUCAGCAUCAUUACAGUCUUCAGUGUCACAUGAUCCUUCUGAAAUCAUUCUAAUAUGCUGAUCUGCUGUUCAAGAAACAUUUUUAUUAGUAGUAUUACUAUUAAUAACAUUUAAAACAGUUUAGUACAUUUUUUCAGGAUUCUUUGAUUCUUUUUGGGAAAGAAAUUAUAGAAAUUAAGACUUUUAUUUAGCAAGGAUGCUUUAAAAUUGAUCAAAAGUGAUGAUAAAGACAUUUAUAAUGUUACAAAAGAUUUCUAUUUCAGACAAAUGCUGUUCUUCUGAACAUUCUGUUCAUCAAAGCAACCUGAAAAAAAAUCUAUUCUGCUGUUUUCCUCACAAAAAUAAAAAAUAUUUUUUGAGCAGCAAAUCAGAAUACUAGAAUGAUUUCUGAAGGAUCAUGUGACUGGAGUAAUGAUGCUAAAAUUCAGCUUUGAAUUCACAGGAAUAAAUUAUGUUUUAAAAUAUUUUAUAAUAGAAAACAGUUAUUUUAAAAGGUAUAAAUAUUUCAAAAUGUUACUGUUUUUGCUGUACUUUGGAUUGAAAAAAUGUAGGCUUGGUGAGCAGAAGAAAAAAAAACAUUAAAAAUCUUACUGUUCAAAAACUUUUGACUGGUAGUGUAUAUAUGGCAACUAUGUCAGAAUCAAGUAUUUAAAAUAAUUUAUUUUUAAAGCUCUAACAAUGCCAUUUCUCCAUGUUUACCAUUGUGCACGGUAACAGAGUGACGGUGAAUCAUUAUCACAUAUAACUGAUUACAUUUUGUGAGAAAUCAUACAUAUGAGAAAUGCUUGUGGAAUAAAAUCAUCAGAAUGACAGACAGCUGAGCUGAAUGAAGUUUAGGUUUUUGAUAUAGAAAGCAAAUAUUCUUUUUUUUCUUUGUCCCAGCUGAAAUGGCACUAUAGCACGAUAUAUUUGAAGAUGAGCAAAUUAAUUAAUGCAUCUCUCAUUCUUAUCUACCAAAGUGAAUGUAUUUAACAUAAACACCAUGACUAAUUCCCUGUUUAAGUAAUUGUUGGAAAACACAGGAUCAAAUAACUCACUCCAGCCUGCUGAAUAACCUACUGUGAGAAAAAAAGCCGCCGAACACUAAUUGUCUCACCAUAUACUUGAACUGGAAAAGCCACUUUUAGACUGUCUGACAGACUCUAAGGCAAAUCACCAACCCUGGAACUAUUCUCCUUACGUCUUCUGCGCAUCCAGUGUUUAAAUGUAAACCUACACAUUGUCCAUACAUACUCGCGCUACGUGUGGUAAGACGCUAACUUCUGAAUCAGGCAUCAAAUGGACCAAUUGUGUUGCUCUACUGUGGAAUGUUCUGUCAAUAACUGAUACUGUAGCAAAAAGUACUACAACGCACAGCAAAUUCUGUGGACUUAAAGGUGGAAUUUGUGAAUGUGAAUAUAUUUUUCUUUUUGUUAUGCAUGAGUAUGAAGGUAAUGGUUUCAUCAGGUUUUGUUGAUUUUUCUUUUUUUCUUUUCAUUGGCACUAACACGUGUACACAUUAGCAUUUUUGAUCACCUUAACAUGUUUUACCACUCAUAAAUACUGUAAAAAGUGCAUGGAAACAUAACCUGAAACAUCCUAAAAGUUGAGUUUAUAAUGAGAGCAAGAUCUCAUUGGGUCAUAUCAUUAUGUGUCUUAAUUAUGGCCUUCCUUAUUGCUAUAGUGGUGUGUUCCUUGCAAUUUUCCAAGAGAAUGAGAAAUAACAGACACUGUUCUAUGGUUCAUCUUACCUGUGUGCAUUAACAGGCUUUUGCUGACACUCAUGCAGUUGUGAGCUUUUUUGGCUGGGUUUAUGCAUCACUUAGUGGUUGAAGUCUGAAAAAAAGAACACAAAAAUUACCACAUUGACCACUAUUACUUAGCCACUGUUUUUUUUUUUUUUAACAGCUACACUCUUUGUAUCUGUUUUGUCACAGUGCUCAGACAUUUUUGCUGCUUCGUCUAUUAUGUACAUAUUGCAUUUUUGCUGUCUGUGCAUUGUUAGAACUGGAAACUAAAUAUUUUUAAGUUUUUCUUUUAAAAAUGAUGAGCAGACAAAGGCUGUGCCUGAGUACUUGCUUUAAAAUCAUUUUACUUUCUUUGUCCAGCCACUAAUUGGUUGAUCUUUCCUGCUAGUGGACCUGAAUAGUUCUCAUUGUGUCAUUUAUUGUUUACAGGAAUAGCAAUGCAGUGUUUAAACUGUCUUUUUCUGCAACAAACAUUAACUUGAAACAGUUGUCAGGUGUAUGUAAACUUGUGAACUAGAACUUUAGGAAGCUAAUCAGUGAUAUUUUAGUUAAUUUAUGUAAAUCACACUAAUCUACCAAUCUGUCACUGAGGAGCUCGUAACUUUUAAAUGCAAAUAACACUGUAGGCUAUGCACUUCAUGUGAAAUAUGUAACAUUUUCAUGGUGUAUGUAACCAUAUCAAGCCAUUUUUGUCAGUGAUCUCGUUUGGACAACACUGAGUAACUGCAGUGCUUUGUAUGUCUGACGCUCUUGCUGCUUAGAUACUGUAGGUGAUGACUGUAUGACUGCAUCCUGGAUCUAUUUAAGGAAAAACACUGUUCUCAAGCAUGAUGGGGCAAUAAUUUAUUUAUGCAUCUUUAUAGGCUUUUCCCAUUUGUUACAGAUGUUGUCCACAAUAUUUAUUUCAUUUGUCUAUUACUUUUCCAUCUUUUGAAUUAACCGGCCACUGGCCUGAAGUGAAGUGGUUAAAUCAGUGUAAUAUUUUUGUAAAUAGAAGCAUUGCACUGCUCUUGGAACCCUAAACUGUAUUUACAUUUGUACAGCUUAGCCAGCAAAUCCAUGUACAGUCGACCAUGAGUUGUUUGCUUUUGUCCAUUCAGAUUUCCCUUAAGAUCGUACUUUGCUUGCGAUUGCUGUUUUUAAUAGUUUUGUAUCUCAACCUCCCCUCAAAUUAUCUUUUGUACAGUGUCAUCCUCAAACUCUUCCAUGUCUUUGAACAAUAAAAUAGACUGACAAAACCUAAAGGAAAUGCUUUGUUAUCGAAAGUCA